AUGCAGCCCAUUCUAGCGCUUCUAGCGCUGUUCAGCAUCGGCAGCGCUGCUCCAAGCUUAGAAUCCACGCAGGAUGAUAUGUCCAAACGCGCGGCAUGGCCUAACGGCCCUUUUGUGACCUCGGGCCGUUGGAUCCACGAUGCGUCCGGUAAGAAUUUGACCUACGCAGGCACUAACUGGCCCGGACACGCCGACGUGAUGAUCCCAGAAGGUCUCCAGUACCAAUCAAUUGAAACCAUCGUUCAGAAGGUCAAAAGCCUCGGCAUGAACGCCGUGCGCCUGACGUUCGCCAUCCAAAUGGUUGACGAGAUCUACGCCAAUGGUGGCCAGGACAUCACCAUCCAAAAAGCCUUUGUGCAAGCCUUGGGACAGACCAACGGUGCGAAGGUGCUCAACCAGGUGCUGGCUAAGAACCCCCGCUUCAGCGCCACGACGACGCGGUUGCAGGUGUUUGACGCCGUCGCCGGGGAACUCAACAAGCAGCAAAUCUACGUCCACCUCGACAACCACAUAUCCAAGGGCAUGUGGUGCUGCGGCAGUACCGACGGCAACAGCUGGUGGGGCGAUACCUACUUUUCGACCUCCAACUGGGUGCGCGGGCUGUCCUACAUGGCCGAGCAUGGCAAAUCCUGGCCGGCGCUAACCUCCAUCGGCCUGCGCAACGAGCCGCGCGAGCCCACCAACAACCCCCCGCUCAGCCGGUCCUCCUACAACUGGCAAGCCUGGUACGGCUUCAUGCGGCAAGGCGCCGACGCCGUGCACGCGGCCAACCCCUCCCUGCUGAUCUUCCUCUCGGGCCUCUCCUUCGACACCUACCUCACGCCCGUCGUCCAGGGCACGGCCCUGACACCCGGCAACGGACGGUUCAACCGCAACGACUUCGCCGGGUACGGCGACACCAAGCUGGUGCUGGAGCUGCACAACUACGAGACGGGCAUCGGCAGCUGCGCCACGCUGCAAGGCAACCUGGACCGCAACGGCUUCGAGGCGCUGCAGGCCUCGGGGGCCGGCGCGUUCCCCGUCAUGAUGACCGAGUUUGGCUUUCAGAUGGACGCCAGCACCUGGCGGGGGGUGUAUGCGAGCUGCUUGGCGCAGUACCUGCCCGCGCGCAAGGCGGGCUGGGCGAUUUGGGUGCUGGCGGGGAGUUAUUACAUGCGGUCUGGGACGCAGGAUUAUGAUGAGAAUUGGGGGUUGUUGAAUCAUGAUUGGAGUGGUUGGCGGAGUCAGAGUUAUGUGGAUGGGGCGUUGAAGGCCAUGGUGAGGAAUACUUUGAGUUGA